AUGCCGAUAACUAGAUUUUCUUCAACAAAUUUCACUCUCAAGAAUGAAAUCACAGAAUCUGAACCAAACCCAGAUAUACGUGUGUUUGUGAGGAGGAAAAGAGAGAAAAGGAUAGUAGAGGUUAAAACAGAAGAGGAAUUGAAAAUUGAACCCGAUGAAGGGAACAAACUUUGUGAUUUGCGUUUACCUGAUAUUGAAGAGUUUGCAUAUCGGAAUGUCAAGGGAUCUGCGUCUAAGAGAAAGUUGGGAGAUGCCAAAACAUCAUUAGAUAAGGCUUUAACUGGAAAAGGGGAGACUCUCAGUGAAAAUGACCCUUUUGUUCCCUUUGUUCGGUCCGCAAUAAUCUGCGGCGAUCGUUUCCCAUCUGUAACGAUCAAGCUGAAAGGUGAAGCACCUGCAAAUUGGGAGGAAGUCCUUGAAGGGAUCCGCAAGAUGAGAUCUUCUGAAGACGCGCCAGUAGAUACUAUGGGAUGUGACAAAGCUGGCAGACUUCCCCCACCCAAGGAAAGACGUUUUGCAGUUUUGGUGUCUUCUCUUCUAUCAAGCAAAACAAAGGAUGCGGUUAAUCAUGGGGCUGUCCAAAGGCUUCUUAAAAAUGGUCUUCUUGCUGCUGAUACCAUAGAUAAUGCUGAGGAAUCUGUAAUCAAGGAUUUGAUUUAUCCAGUUGGGUUUUACACUAGAAAGGCUUCGAACUUGAAGAAAGUUGCAAAAAUCUGUCUCCAGAACUACGGAGGUGAUAUUCCUAGUUCGUUGGAAGAAUUGCUAGCACUUCCAGGAAUUGGUCCUAAGAUGGCUCACCUGGUUAUGAAUGUUGCGUGGGACGAUGUUCAGGGCAUAUGUGUCGACACCCAUGUUCAUCGCAUUUGUAAUCGCCUUGGAUGGGUUUCAAAGCCAGGCAAUGGGCAGAAAACUUCAACUCCUGAGGGAACCAGAGAGUCUCUUCAGUUGUGGCUUCCAAUGGAGGAGUGGGUUGCCAUAAACCCGUUAUUGGUUGGAUUUGGGCAGACGAUUUGCACUCCUCUAAGACCUCGCUGUGGAAUGUGCGGAGUAAACAGCCUUUGUCCAUCUGCUUUCAAAGGAACACCCAGUCCUGUAUCUAAAGCAAAGAAACCUAAAGCUACCAAAACAAUUUCUUGAUUGAAUUGUCCAUUCAGCGAUGUUCAUCCUGCAUCAGGGCGAUUUCUUCUUCCCAUCGUUUGUUUUUUGAUUGAUAUGUCUCAUUGGUUCGUAUUACUGAUGGUAUCAGGCUCUCUAUGCGGGAGAUUUUCUUUUGUACUAGACAUUGUGAAUGCCCAUUUUUUGUAUAGAAAAAUUGUACAGGCAUGGUACUUCAGGAAACAGACCAGUACUUUUUGAGGGUCUCACUGCAUGAGUUUUUUUUUAUCUUUUUUUUGGUACAUCAAAAUUGUAAUCAAGGAAAACCAUAUUUACAUGAUAGUCAUAAGAGCAGAAAACAAGAAAAGAGGCCAUAGCAUCCCCAAAGACUUGACUGGCAUUUCCAAAUUAGCGGUGAAAUCUGGCCUGCCAAUGUAUAGCUUGUCAUCU